UUAAAAAAUCAGUUGUCUGGCGACCUUUUCACAAUUUUUAUCUGACUUGGCCUACUUAUCUCAGCAGACUCGCCUGGCACACUCGAGGGCAUCAACCAAAAUGACGUUUCUAACAGUUAUACGCAGUUUAAAAUUGGGAAAACACUCAGGUAUUAUUUUGACAAGGUCCUACGCCUCUUCUUCUGUGCCUACCACCAAACUUUUUAUCAACAAUGAGUUUGUAGAGUCCAAGACAAAGAAAUGGGUGGAUGUUCACAAUCCAGCAACAAAUGAAGUGGUGACACGUGUCCCAGAGUCCACACAAGCUGAGAUGGAAGCCGCUGUUGCCGCAGCCAAAGCUGCCUUUCCCUCCUGGUCUAGGACCACAGCUCUCUCCAGGCAACAGAUCAUGUUCAGGCUCCAGGACCUCAUCAAACAAAAUCUGAAAAAGAUAGCUGCCAACAUCACACUAGAACAGGGCAAGACUUUAGUGGAUGCUGAGGGUGAUGUCAUGAGGGGCUUACAGGUUGUGGAGCACUGCUGUAGUGUGACAUCCCUACAGCUAGGAGAAACCCUGUCCAGCAUAGCCAAAGACAUGGACACUAUGACCUUCAGACUUCCACUUGGUGUGACCGCUGGCAUCACCCCCUUCAACUUCCCUGCCAUGAUUCCACUCUGGAUGUUUCCCAUGGCCAUUGUGACUGGCAACACAUCAGUGAUGAAGCCCUCCGAGCGGGACCCAGGGGCCACCAUGAUGCUGAUGGAGCUGUGUAGGGAGGCUGGCGUCCCCCCUGGUGUGGUCAACGUCAUUCAUGGCAGGCAUGACUCUGUGAACUUCAUCUGUGACCAUCCUGAUAUUAAAGCCAUCUCUUUUGUGGGCUCAGAUCAGGCGGGCAAGUAUAUUUAUGAAAGAGGUUCUAAAAACGGCAAGAGGGUCCAGUCCAACAUGGGGGCCAAGAACCAUGGUGUCAUCAUGCCAGACGCCAACAAGGAGAGCACACUCAGCAGUUUGGUGGGCGCAGCAUUUGGCGCUGCUGGACAGCGCUGUAUGGCUUUAUCAACUGCCAUUUUUGUAGGGGAAGCCAAGCACUGGAUCCCUGAGCUGGUGGAGAGAGCCAGGAAACUCAAGGUCACAGCAGGCACUGAGCCAGAUGCUGACCUGGGCCCCUUGAUUUCCCCGGAUGCCAAGAAACGUGUGUGUGACCUUAUCCAGUCAGGCGUGGAUGCAGGUGCUAAGCUCUUGCUAGACGGGCGCAACAUUGUCGUCAAGGGAUAUGAAAGAGGCAAUUUUGUUGGGCCUACCAUAUUACACCAAGUUGAUCCCAAGAUGAAAUGUUACACUGAAGAAAUUUUUGGACCUGUCUUAGUCAGCAUGGAAGUAGAAACACUUGAUGAUGCUAUUCAAAUAGUCAAUGCCAACCCCUAUGGCAAUGGAACGGCCAUCUUCACGACAAACGGGGCCACAGCCAGGAAAUACACCAUGGAAUCUGAUGUUGGACAGGUGGGUGUCAAUGUACCCAUACCUGUACCUCUUCCAAUGUUCUCCUUUACUGGCUCACGAGGAUCCUUCAGGGGAGAUCAAAACUUCUAUGGGAAACAGGGGAUCCAGUUUUACACCCAAAUAAAAACAGUGACACAGAUGUGGCGGGGAGAGGAUGCGGUGUCAUCACGACCUGCCACUAACAUGCCAGUACAGCAGUAAGGCUGCUACCAACUUGUUUGUGCACUUUGAUAUUAUUGGCUGGGAAUCUCAGUCUUUUUCUUGUACAACCAAUUCUUGUAAGACUUUGAUAUACACUUGCAGACAAGAAAUAAAGAAAUGAACCAAU